CACAAGAAGUUUCUUAACAUUUUCAUUACAGCAAAUAUAUGAUACAAACACUGCUUUACUCAUUACUAGCCUCACAGUUUCACUGACUCACUCACUCUCUCUCUCUCUCUCUCUCUUGCCCCAGCCAUUCUCGAGAAGAUUCAAGCUUUGAGAGAAACAUCUUCAACUGAAAUCCAGUGUACGUUGGUCCCUUUUUUCUCUUCUGUUCUUCUCAGAUUCUUGAUUCUUUCAUAUAGAAAAUCUGUCUCAGAUGGGGUUCUCUCUCUUUUCUCUAUGCUUUUAGCUUGUUCAUACUGAAAAGAUUGAGAUUUUUAUUCUAUCUAUCCAUUAAGACCAACCCAGAAUUUUGAUUGUUUUGGUUGAUUGUUGUUCUUUAUGCUAAGGAUAGAAAUUUAAAUCCUUGUAUAAGUUGUUGUAAACUACAUUUGAUUCUUUGGCCAUGACUAGCCUACUGAAUUCAGUGUCCCCUAUUGCAAACCCAUCACCAGAAACAACUACAAGAAAGGGUUGUGGGUUCUUCUCCCAUGCCCCAAAUUUCCGUUCUUUUUCACCCAAUAAGGGGUUUUCUAGAGUUUUGGCAUCUACCCAGAUAACCAUUUCUCCAAAAGACACUGUUUUUACUCUGCCCAACUGGAGGUUUGGGAAGAAUGACUCAAAAAGUAGGGAAAUUAGACUCAGUGAUGCAUUUCUUCAUUUGGAAAAGAAGGUAGGGAAGGGGCAAAAGCCUAAUGUUGUACAAGCAACUCAGCUCUUGUAUGAUCUGUGCAAGGUAAAUAAGAUGAGAAAAGCGAUUAGAGUGAUGGAGAUGAUGAUUGGAUCAGGUAUAAUACCCGAUGCGGCUUCCUAUACAUACUUGGUGAACUAUUUGUGUAAAAGAGGCAAUGUUGGAUAUGCAAUGCAACUGGUUGAAAAAAUGGAGGAACAUGGCUUCCCGACCAAUACUGUUACAUAUAAUUCGCUUGUUAGAGGACUUUGUAUGCAUGGAAACUUGUACCAAAGCCUGCAGCUUUUGGAUCGAUUGAUGAAGAAGGGGCUGGUCCCAAAUGCAUUCACAUACUCCUUCUUGCUUGAAGCUGCCUAUAAGGAAAAAGGAGUGAAUGAGGCCAUAAAGCUAUUGGAUGAGAUAAUGGCUAAGGGUGGGAAGCCCAAUUUGGUUAGUUACAAUAUUUUGUUAACUGGUAUGUGCAAGGAAGGUAGGAUUGAAGAGGCAAUCAGGUUCUUCAGGGAUUUGCCUUCAAAGGGGUUCAAUCCAAAUGUUGUGAGUUAUAACAUUUUAUUGAGGAGUUUGUGCUAUGAGGGGCGGUGGGAGGAAGCAAAUGAGUUACUGGCUGAGAUGGAUGGUGAGGAUCGCUCACCAUCAGUAGUUACUUACAAUAUAUUGAUUGGUUCGCUUGCUCGGCAUGGCAGAACUGAACAUGCUCUUGAGGUUUUGGAUGAAAUGAUGAAGAGACGGUUCAGGCCUACUGCUGCAAGCUACAACCCGAUAAUUGCUCGUCUUUGCAAAGAGGGGAAAGUAGAUCUUGUGCUUAAGUGUCUAGACAAAAUGAUUUAUCGGCACUGUAGUCCCAAUGAUGGAACAUACAAUGCCAUUGCUGUGCUUUGUGAGGAGGGAAUGGUGCAAGAGGCAUUCUUUAUAAUUCAAAGCUUGGGUAAUAAGCAAGAAUCCUCCAUGCAUGAUUUCUACAGAGGUGUGAUCACAUGCUUGUGUAGGAAAGGGAACACAUAUCCCGCAUUUCAGAUAUUAUAUGAGAUGGCAAAGAACGGAUUUACACCAGAUUCUUAUACCUAUUCUUCUUUAAUCAGAGGAUUGUGUACGGAGGGAAUGCUAGAUGAGGCCAUGGAGAUAUUCUGGGUAAUGGAAGAAAAUAACUAUAGGCCUGAUACUGACAAUUUCAAUGCACUUAUACUUGGCUGUUGCAAAUGUCGAAGAACAGAUCUGUCCUUGGAGAUUUUUGAGACGAUGAUUGAGAAAGGGCACAUGCCUAAUGAAACAACAUAUACCAUUAUCGUAGAAGGGAUUGCCCACGAAAAUGAAACAGAGCUGGCAGCCAAAGUUUUGAAGGACUUGCGUGUUAAACAGGUUGUUAGUCAGAGUACAGUGGAAAGACUUGUUAUGCAGUAUGACCUUGAUGGUUUACCCAUUUAGAUUAAAUGAGAAUACCACAAGUAAAGAAAGAAGCAAACAGGACCAGAGUUUUGUAGGAGAAUGAUUUGUUAUUCAGUUUUAAGAGCAGUGACUGUGUCCAAUCAUGGGUAUAGACUGACCAAUGCAACAAAGUCUCCUUUAGAAGAUUGAUAUUGUAUUUGAAUGUUUAGAAGUGAACAAGCUUGUGCAUGAGGAUCUCAGCUCUGUGGAUGCCACUACAUAGCACUUACUUCACAACCCUACUCAUUUCAGCCAUUUCACCAUGGCACCCAACCUUUAGUCCUAUCAAAACCAGGGUCUAUUAUUGUUAUCUUUUCAUAAAUAUCUCGUGGAAGAUGUCCACCCAGUAGAGAAAAGAAAAUUGUAAAAUGAACCUUGGAUAUAAAUGGUUUUCAUUUCUUAUUUAGAUUAGUUGAGAAAAACUCAACCAAUUUCUGCUUUAUUCAUUUAUCUGACUUCUAUUA